UCAGAGAACCAGAAUGUCGACCCGGCAUCCCGAUCAGCCAAAGCAGGGCCCAGCCAAAAGACUUCCAUGGGUCCGAAAGACUGGGCCCGUUGCCCACUCUAAGCCUAGCCUAGAUGCAAAGCGCAAGAGAGUCCCGACCACGUAUGGAAGAUCCAGAUCGGGUCGCACCGACAACGGCGCCAUAUCGAAAGGAUCGUCUCUCCUGGCUAAACACGACAGCGCAGCCGCCUCCCCACCUGCGUCGAGCAUGACUACAAAUGUCCACUCGCCGCUGGUCGACUUUAGUCCCGAGGAAAGAGAAGAGCUGCGUCGGCUGUUUGGCGAGCACCCUGCGCCUCAUCCCUGGAACGAGGGCCACGCAAGUCAUCUUGUGGGCCCACCUUGGCAUCCCGCGUCGCAUCUCACUGAAGCUCGCCGCGCGCCCUCUCCGCUGGUCGAGCUGAGUGCGGAGGAAGCGGAAGAACUCCACCAACUGUUCAACUCUCCGCCUCCGUCGAGCUUGCGUAGCACGCAAGGCAGCGGGCAGACGCGUUUCCACUCCACAGAGUAGCGACUUCCUGACUUGCAGAACGUAGCUUGCGUCGCCUGACUCACCAAGCCCGGCGCUUUCCAUUCGCGCCGCCUCCAUUCUCCCAACCGUUGAGCCUGCCCAUACAGUCUGCCGCUCACUCGCUGCGAAUCAAGUGUGGUGUCAUGAUCGACGAAAGAGGCGCGUGUCGCGUGAUGAGUGAGCUGGCUAUCAGUCGUAGCUUGCUUCCAUGCGUCUUUCUCGCUUCAUUGCUGGCUAACAAGAAAAAGUCUGAAUCAUUGGGCGGAGGUUGAAUCGAGUCGCAAGGCGUGAAAGCAGUGUCAUCGCGUCGGCACGUCGAAUCCAUGACAAUCGUAGAU